UCUGCUGAAAUUGCCCUGUUCUUCUUCUUCUUGUUCUUAUUCUUGAGUUUUAUGCAAUGUGGGUUGAUUUUUGGUGGGGUUUUCUAAUUGGGUUUUUAGAUCUAGAAAAUGGGUUUUGGAGUAUUUGGAGAGCUGGUUUCUAUGGUGGCUUGGAGUGAGAGAUUACUUCUGGCUGUUUGGUUUCUGUGAAUGUCAAUUGGGAAAAUCAUUGUCAAUGUCUCUGAAAUUUUCAAUGGGAAUUUGGUUUGGGUUUUAGGGUUUGAAAAGGGUUUUUAAAUCUGUCCUCUGUGUAUAAGACUGAUGCCGCCUUUUUGGCCAUUUCUUUGACUGAGAGGACACCCUUUCACUGUAAGCGACUUGCAGUUUGAAUUAAUAAGAAGUCUUUGAUUUACCAAAUCUUCACUGGCUAUUGUAAAAUUCUACUGGGAACACCAUCAACAUUUGAUUUCUUUCUACACGUCUUUAAUUUUACUUUGAGAGUGCUGGUUUUUUGGCUCUUCUUCCAUGGCUGACUUUUCUGUGGGUUGGCAAAAAGAUUGGACCCUUCCCCUGUUUAAUUAUUCAUCAUCUUCUUCUCCAUUUUGCUGUGGCUUUAGGUCUGAUAUGGGCCUCCAUUAUCAAGUGUUUCUCUUUUGCAUUUGGUUGUUGGAUUUUGAUUCAAUUAUCAAAGUUGGAAAAAAGUAAAAGUUAGCUGAACUUUCCUUUUGGACAAAAAAGUAGAAUUCUUGCUUCUUUUUUUUCCCCUCUCAUUUAAAACUUCACAGAACAUAAUCAAGCAAAAUCUUCUCCCCUUUGUUUCUCUCAAAGUUUUGCAUUUUAGGUCCUAACUUUCCGGAUUGUUGUUUUAAUUUUUUGGAUGAAUACGCUUCGUUCUCGUGCAUUAUUUUACAUCUAUCUGUAACCAUAGAAUCAUUUGGGCAAUGCAAAAGGAAAAUUAAAAAAGUGAAAAAGGGCUUCUAUAAGCAUUUCUUUUGCUGCUCACUUUAAUGCUUUUUCUUUUCGCAAAAAAAAGGCUUAUGCUUUUGUCUUUUCAUUCCUUCUUCUCCAUCCCCAUAUCCACACCACACGACUUGUAGAUAUUCAUUGAAAUCUGAAUUUUUAUUAGCGCUUAAGACAUGUAAUUGAGACAAAUAUGUGGCUUUCUCAAGAUUCGGAAGGACUGGCUCGAGUUCCGGACAAGCUUCUCCCACUGGUGAAUCCAUCCUACUCGUGUAACAAGGAGCAUACUCGUUACACCUAAUGUGAAAUGGGGAAGAGAACUUGUUGAUUACGUCCGGAUUUCCUGCAACCACCAUAGGCCUCCACUAGAAAUCCUCCAUGAGGCUACAAUCCCUUUUUGCAACAUCACCUUUACUCUUACUCAUAUAUUUUCUCCCCGGAAUUGUGGCUGACCUAAACUCAGAAAAGCAAGCUCUUCUCGAGUUUAUUUCGAUAGUUCCCCAUGGUCGAAAGAUCAACUGGGAUCCUUCUACCCCAGUCUGUACUACUUGGGUUGGCAUCACCUGCACUUCAGAUCUCUCAAACGUGCUUGCUCUCAGGCUGCCUGCCGUUGGACUGUAUGGUCCGAUCCCCACCGAUACACUUGGAAAGCUAGAUGCCCUCAGAACUUUGAGUCUUCGAUCUAAUAAUCUUAACGGAAACCUUCCAUCAGAUGUGCUAUCCCUUCCAUCCCUAAAGUUUAUAUAUCUUCAACACAAUAACUUUUCUGGUAAAAUUCCUUCUUCCCUGUCUCCUGGCCUUACCUUCCUUGAUCUGUCCUUCAACUCUCUCACGGGAAACAUUCCGUCAUCGGUACAGAAUUUAACACAUCUCACUAGCCUUAACCUUCAAAACAACUCCCUGACUGGAUCUAUUCCCGAUAUAGGUCACCCAAAGCUUAAGCAACUGAACUUAAGCUACAACCAUCUAAGCGGUCCAGUUCCUGCUUCACUGCAAUCAUUUCCUCCUUCUUCCUUUGAAGGGAACUUACUGCUAUGUGGCUCUCCUCUGAAAAAUUGCUCUCUCAGUUCACCCUUACCGUCUCCAUCUCCCACUUCUUCGAUCCUGCCAAAUAAAAAGAGGAUAAAUAUUGGAGCGAUCGUUGCCAUUGCAUUAGGUGGUGCUGCAGUUCUCUUCCUUCUGGUGUUAAUGAUUGUUGUCUGCUGUAUGAAGAAAAAAGAUGGCGAAGGUAGUGCUGCUGCAGUGAAAGGAAAGGGUAAAAGGAGCGAGCAACCGAAGGAGGAUUUCGGGAGCGGGGUACAAGAACCCGAGAAAAAUAGGCUGGUUUUCUUUGAAGGCUGUUCUUAUAAUUUCGACCUCGAGGACUUGUUAAGGGCCUCGGCCGAAGUGCUCGGAAAGGGGAGUUAUGGGACUACUUACAAGGCUAUCUUGGAGGAUGGAACAACAGUGGUAGUAAAGAGAUUGAAAGAAGUAGUAGCUGGAAAAAAGGAGUUUGAUCAACAGAUGGAGAUUGUAGGGAGGAUGGGCCAGCAUUCUCAUGUUGUGCCUCUCCGCGCCUAUUACUAUUCAAAGGAUGAGAAGCUUUUGGUUUACGAUUAUGCCGCUGCUGGAAGCUUUUCGGCAUUACUGCGCGGAAGCCGAGAAGGCGGACGAGCGCCACCGGACUGGGAAACAAGAGUGAAGGUUUCACUGGGGUGUGCCAGAGGCCUUGCACAUAUCCAUUCAGCAAGUGGGGGAAAGUUCAUCCAUGGCAACAUAAAAUCCUCCAACAUCCUUCUCACACAAGAACUGAAUGGAUGUAUUGCGGAUUUCGGGCUGACUCCUCUGAUGAACUCCCCUGCUGUUCCCUCUAGAAGUACAGGUUACCGAGCACCGGAGGUGAUAGAGACUCGAAAAUCAACUCAAAAGUCCGAUGUUUACAGUUUUGGAGUUGUUUUGCUCGAGAUGUUGACUGGGAAAGCACCAUCCCAAUCGCCAGGCCGCGACGACGUAGUUGACCUUCCGAGAUGGGUCCAGUCUGUUGUAAGAGAAGAAUGGACAUCUGAGGUGUUUGAUGUAGAGCUAAUGAAGUACCAGAACAUUGAAGAAGAGCUGGUACAAAUGCUCCAAAUAGCAAUGGCCUGCGUGUCUCGGAUGCCCGAUAUGAGACCAACGAUGGAGGAAGUCGUUAGGAUGAUCGAGGAAAUCCGACCAUCUGACUCGGGAACUCGACCAUCAUCAGAAGAUAACAGAGCCGGGGACGGGGACGAUGGCUUGAACACUCCGACCUUGUAACUGCUGUCUCACAGUGAGUUAUUGGUGUGUGUGUGACGUAAUUCUUUAUAUUUGGAGGGUCUCAUUGUUGUAGGUUUUGAUUGGGUCUGUAUUUCUCUCUUGUAAUAACCAUGUCAAAGUUGUAUCCAUUAUGUUCUUAGUUCAAUCAUUAGUUAUUAAAAUUUGAUCAUAUUUUCAUCA